AUAUCAGAGCCAUGCGCGCGCGCCCCUUCGGUCGAGCAUUUAUAGUUAUGCGUUGAGCAUAAGGAACUCUUUAUAGUCCGUGCGCGCGAGUGGAUCGCACGCAUCUCGCGGCUCUAUUCAAACCCCUUUGCGUGUUGACAAAUAUUAGAAAAAAAAACAAUACAGUGUGAAAAUGAGUUGGGGCCCCGAGCACGAUCGACCUUGCGCUAAGCUGGAAAUCAACGAGGCGGUCGGCAAGCUGCUUCAGACCUUCAAUUAUGAGACUAUUGUGCCACAACCCUCCAGAGGUGGUAGCUACAACCGGCGGCAGCACGUGAAGCGGCCGAUGAACGCAUUCAUGGUGUUCGCGCAGGCCAUGCGCAGGCGGCUGUCCGAGCAGCGGCCUUCGUUACACAACGCCGAACUCAGCAAGUCAUUGGGCUCGAUGUGGAAGAGUUUGAGUGAAGACCAAAAGUUGCCGUUUGUGAAUGAAGCAAAUAAACUGAGGACGCAGCAUAAGAUCGAGUACCCUGACUACAAGUAUCAGCCGCGGCGUAGGAAGCCUCCGCCGGCGGCGCCGCCGCGACUCAAGCGCGAACCGUCAUUGGAACGAUCACAAAUAGACUUUUCUAGAAUAGAAGUGGACGGAGGUUUAUUAGAGGACGGGCCUCCGGAUGGUGCGGAGUUGGAUCAGUACCUGAAACCUACGCAUGCUUCACAUUCGGCAGAAUACCACGAGCUGCAGCCGCGCUACGUUGCCCACACGCACCACGCUUCCGCCAUUUACCCCGCGCCCCCGAACCUCUACCCGCCCUGCCCCGACUGGGUGCCAUACCCGCAUCCAUAAGUCCAAACAUUGAUUUAUGUUAAACGAGACAUAUAUUUUUUUCUACUUUACGAUAUAGGUCACUUGACACAGUUGCGCGCCGCCGCCACAUGCUUUCCGUGGAAGCGCACGUGCGUUUAUUUAUCAAAGCGCAAAACUAAAAUAUUUAAAUAAACAAAUUCGGCAUCAAGAUCUCUUUCACGUUAGUUACAAAUCAACUCGAUUUUAUAAUUGUUCUCGUAACUCGAGAUUCUAAUACUUCUAGGUAUCUGCUUACGUGUAUUGUUGAUGCUAUAUCUAGAUAUUCCUUUGAUUCCAAAGUUAAACUCCUAAUAGGUUCCUAGUCUAAGUUAAUUUGUAAUUAAGCCUUUUAUCAUUCAUAUUGAUUAAGUAAGUUAUAAUUUGUGAUUAAAUAGUGUAAACUGAAAGUUGUAUAAUUAUAAGUACUUUGAUAGGUAGGUGAGGA